CUUGCCGUUCGAUCAGCUGAAGCACCGGUCCAUCUGUUUCCCUGUCCUGUUGCAAUCAAUCAUUUGACAUCGUUCUUGGAUUCUAUAAAACCACUGUCCCAGUGUCCCGAUCCAUCUCACCCUCACUGUCACUGCCAAAAUCGCCACUCUGUUCCAGCUUCACUCACAAUGUGGUGCCAUGGCGACGGAUGCGUGAUAUUUGCUGUGGCCGCCGCGGCCCUUUUGGCGGCGGCGGCGGCCGGACGGGACGAGCGCAGCACGUACAUCGUCCAUAUGUCGCAUUCGGCCAUGCCGAACGAUUUCGUUGAGCACGGCGAGUGGUACGCCGCGUCGCUGCAAUCGGUGUCGGAUGCCGCCACCGUGUUAUACACCUACGACACCCUCGUCCACGGCUACUCGACGCGGCUGACGCGGGCGGAGGCCGAGGCGCUGGAGUCGCAGCCCGGUGUGCUCCUCGUCAACCCGGAGGUGCGGUACGAGCUGCACACCACCCGGACGCCGGAGUUCCUUGGGCUGGACGGCACGGACGCGCUGUUCCCACAGUCGAGCACCGGGAGCGACGUCAUUAUAGGGGUGCUCGACACCGGCGUGUGGCCGGAGAGGCCGAGCUACGACGACACGGGGUUUGGCCCCGUGCCGGCGGGCUGGAAGGGCAAGUGCGAGGAGGGCAACGACUUCAACGCGUCCGCGUGCAACAAGAAGCUCAUCGGCGCAAGGUUCUUCCUGACGGGGUACGAGGCGGCGAAAGGCCCCGUGGACGUGUCCAAGGAGUCGCGCUCGCCGAGAGACAACGACGGGCACGGGACGCACACGUCGAGCACAGCGGCGGGCGGCGCCGUCCAGGGCGCGGACUUGCUCGGUUACGCGACCGGGACGGCCAAGGGCAUGGCGCCGCGCGCGCGCGUGGCGACGUACAAGGUCUGCUGGGUCGGCGGGUGCUUCAGCUCCGACAUCCUCAAGGCCAUGGAGGUCGCGGUGGCGGACGGCGUGGACGUGCUCUCCCUCUCGCUCGGCGGCGGCACGGCGGAUUAUUACCGCGACGGCAUCGCAGUGGGCGCUUUCAGCGCUAUGGAAAGGGGGAUCUUUGUGUCCUGCUCGGCUGGGAAUGCCGGGCCGGGCGCGGCCACGCUGUCGAACGGCGCGCCGUGGAUCACCACCGUGGGCGCCGGGACCAUCGACCGCGACUUCCCCGCUUACGUCAUGCUCGGCAACGGCAAGAACUACACCGGCGUCUCCCUGUACAGCGGCAAGCCCUUGCCCACGACGCCGAUGCCGUUUAUCUACGCGGGAAACGCGUCGAACAGCAGCAUGGGCCAGCUCUGCAUGUCCGGCAGCCUCAUCCCGGAAAAGGUCGCCGGCAAGAUCGUCCUUUGCGAUCGCGGCACCAACGCCAGGGUCCAGAAGGGCUUCGUCGUCAAAGACGCCGGCGGCGCCGGCAUGGUUCUCGCGAAUACCGCUGCGAACGGCGAGGAGCUCGUCGCGGACGCGCACGUUCUCCCGGGCUCCGGCGUGGGCGAGAAAGCCGGCAACGCCAUGAGGGACUACGCCGUGUCCGAUCCGAAGCCGACGGCCACCAUUGUGUUCGCCGGCACAAAGGUUGGCAUCCAGCCGUCUCCCGUGGUAGCGGCCUUCUCGUCGAGGGGGCCAAACACCGUGACGCCAGGCGUCCUAAAGCCGGACAUUAUCGCGCCGGGUGUGAACAUUCUCGCGGCGUGGUCGGGGUCCGUCGGCCCCUCGGGGCUCCCCGGCGACAGCCGGCGCGUCGGCUUCAACAUUAUAUCCGGCACGUCCAUGUCGUGCCCGCACGUGAGCGGGCUGGCGGCGUUGCUCCGCGCGUCGCACCCGGAGUGGAGCCCGGCGGCCAUCCGCUCGGCGCUGAUGACCACGGCGUACGCGGAGUACCCCAACGGCAAUGGCAUCCUCGACGUGGCCACCGGCCACCCCGCCACGCCGCUGGACGUGGGCGCCGGCCACGUCGACCCCGCCAAGGCGGUGGAUCCGGGCCUGGUGUACGACAUCACUGCCGCGGACUACGUCGACUUCCUCUGCGCUAUCAACUACGGACCGAUGCAGAUCGUGGCGCUCACCAAGCACUCGUCCGACGGGUGCAGCGCCAACCGCACGUACGCGGUGACCGCGCUCAACUACCCGUCCUUCUCCGUCAUGUUCCCGGCCUCCGGCGGCACGGUGAAGCACACCCGCACGGUCACCAACGUCGGGCAGCCCGGCACGUACAAGGUGACGGCCAGCGCCGCCGCGGGCAGUACCCCCGUCACGGUGUCCGUGGAGCCGUCGACGCUGAGCUUCACCAAGGCCGGCGAGAAGCAGAGCUACACGGUGAGCUUCACGGCGGCCGGGAUGCCGUCGGGCACCAACGGGUUCGGCCGGCUCGUCUGGUCUAGCGACCACCACGUGGUCGCCAGCCCGAUCGCAGCAACCUGGACCUGACCGGCAGUAGCAACGUAGCAAGCGUGUUGUUAGAUCUUGAGAUAAACCCAAGCGAGAUAGCAAUGGCGUGCGCCAUUCUCGGAUUGCGGCGUAGCAAGCGUGGUGACUGUAUCUCAAUUGUAGCUGGUGACACUGUGGCCAAAUGGCAACUAGAAAAAAAAGGUCGCAGUGUAUUUUAGCUCGUGUGCAAGGGAAUUAAACUAAACGAACCAGCAAAUGGUACUCCGGUGAAAUACAGACGAAAGUUUCUGCCCUCCGGCGAUUCGUCUGCAAUUUGGCAUCGUUUGAUA